GAAAUAGCAUCCAAACGAAAACCGAUUACAAAUUUACUAUUGGGCCAAGAAUCAAUUAAAUUUAUGUUUAAGUAUUUCCAAACAAACUUGAAGAAAAACCAUGGAUUUCUCCGUUGUGAAUACUGCACUUUCAAAACUGAUGAGUUGAGCGUGAAGAAAAGUUAUUACCUGUUGGGGGUGCCUUAUGGAAGUGACCAGGAAACCGUUCGACAGGCUUUUGUUCAACUAGUCAAGAAAUAUCAUCCUGACAGCGGCUCAGAGAAGGCGGAUCCACAGCGAUUUCAAGAGAUAGAAAAUGCUUAUAGAAGACUACAAAAGAAAUUCUCUGAGGACAGGUGGAAAAAGAACGAAGGAGUGGGAGAAUAUGGAUUAUACUAUGACGAAAAGAAAGGGGCACAAAAAGGAGUUGAAGAACAGAAUAUUAAUCACACAGCCCCCCAACACAGACAGUACCUAACCUACGGGGGUUGGGGCACGGGAACCCCCUCGCAGAGAGAGUGUCACUACCAGAAGAGCCGCGCCGAAACAGCUGUUAAGAACGUGUUCCAACACCGCAUGGACAAGGUCAUAUCGGAAACCGUUUGCACGGAGGAACAAGCGCUGGCUCUCAAGGACAAAGCUGAGGCCAAGAAGAUCAAAACACGAUAUGGGCUUGAACGUCUAGUUGAGGAUUUAAUACAAGAGUCGAUGAACAAGGGAGAAUUCGACAACCUUCCUGGCCAGGGAAAACCACUAGGGAGACAGUUUGACCACCACAAUCCCUAUGUCGACCUUGUUACACACAAACUAAAUCAGGUGCUGAUAGAUAACGGCUUCGUACCGGAGUGGAUUCAACUACAGAAAGAAAUCCGUGAAAGCGAAGAGGAGAUAAGAAAGAAACUGUUGGAAGAAAGGAGUAGACUGGGCAGGUUACCACUGAGUCGAGACGACCAAAUACGAUGGAGCCGAAUUUUGGACAAUACACAAAUUCAUGUCGACAAACUCAACAAGAAAAUUGGGAAAUAUAAUUUGGUUGUACCAAUGCUGCAGAAACAGGUUGUCACUUUCAAUUUGCUUCGUGAAGCACAGAGAAUUCUAGAGGAAGGUGAGCACAGUAAGGGAGAACAAAGCAAACCCAAUCAACAUCAAACGAGUACGACAAAGAAAGAAGACGACGGAUCCGGAUUAUUUGGUCUUUUCUCCUUCCUGAUGAGAAAAUAACUCGAUAAAAUUUCCAGCCCUUGUCUAACCAAACCUGUCAAAUCAUUUUUCUUACUGUGUGAUACUAGAUUAAACUGGUGGAAGCCAGAAUAAAUUGUAUGAAAGGAUUUCAGUGGUAAAAUGUACUUGUAGUAAUAUUGACAAUUUAAUAAAAACACACAUAUGUUGUCAAAUUCUUAAAGUUUUAUUUGGUACACGAUCAUGUUUUCGUGACCACGCCGGUCACUUGAGUUGAGUUGACAGUCAACUUGAAAAUGUGACCGGUGUGGUCACGAAACCAUGGUCGUGUACCGAAUAAAACAGUGUAGAACUUGACAACAUAUGUGUGUUUUUAUUCAAUUAUGGAACGGUUCUACAAUAUUCACAAUGACCCAGUCGAAUUAAUAUUGACAAGUACAACAAAUAUUGAAACUUCAAGAUUAAUUGAAUUCAGUGUAAGUUGCUGGAUUUUGAAGUAUAAUUUUGUAUACAUUCAGUGCUUAAAUGAAUAAAAUCAAAUGUAUUGUGUCAAAUGAUUGAAUUUUAUUUGUAAAAAUUUGGGAGAAGACAGUUUUGGGCUAUGCCUGUUGUCUUCUACCAAUCAUAUUAUUUAUAUUAUAAUUAUGAUUUGGGAUUGUCAAUGAAAUAAAUAAAUAAAUUGUUUUCU